UUCAUAUAUAACUUGUGAGCCAUAUCGAUGUUUUAGCUUGUUAUUGCCGUGCGCAGGCGAAGUGAGGAGCGAUAUAAACUUACUUGAUAAUUCAAUCUAUUGGUGAGCGUAAAAACCCUUAGGACGGUCUUGUGUACACCAAGACAUGGCUGGAAUAGCUGGUAAGGGUGUUCGUACUAUUUCUGCUCUCCUUGUCAUUCUUUGCGCAGACGUUGGCUUCUUACGAAGUUCUGCGCACUAUGUUGAUGGCCUGGAGGAUUUGAACAAUGCAAAUGUCCAAAUCGUGUAUCCAGAGCGACUCCAUCAUCGUACGCGACGAGACAUCCCAGCUGGAAAUACACAGAAAAGCUAUGAUGAAGCAAGGUUUCGAGUUAAAGCAUUUGGCAAAUCUCUAGUCCUCGAUGUCAUUCGAAACGAGGCUAUGGUCUCAGAGGACUUCUUUAUACGUUUAUAUAAUCAAGAAGGAAAACAAAUAGAUAAAAAGUCUUCAGGUAAACAAUGUCACUAUCAAGGUCAUAUUGAAGGUCAUCCCGAAUCAUCUGUGAUGCUGGAUACGUGUGACGGUAUCAGUGGAAUAAUAGAAGAUGAGAGCGAAACUUUUUCGAUAAUGCCAUUAAGAGCAAAGGGUUUGAAUGCGCAUCGAAUAAUACGAACAAGAGGAUCAAAGACUUCAGACUUUACACAAGACUUCAGUUGUGGUACGAGCUCAAGAAAUUCUACCAACGAUGUCUCUACCAACAAUGUGAAGAAGAGAUUCGGCGAUAGGAUUCGUCGUUCCUUAGCUAUUGACCCUCUUUUCCGCUCGCACAUUCCUGUUAACAAGACACGUUAUGCGGAGCUUAUUAUUAUCGUUGACAAAGUUAUCUACGAUAAGUAUGGUAGAAAUACAAGUGACGUACAAAGAAGAAUAUUUGAUUUAGUCAAUGCUAUCGAUAUGAUCUACCAGAAGAUCAACAUCCGCAUUGUCAUCAAAGCGUUAGAGAUAUGGACCCACAAGGAUUUGGUACCGUUUAACGAGAAAGCUGGCGAAGAUCUUAAUAAUCUACAAAAAUACAGAGAAAAACAUGUAGACAAAUACGAAUGCGAUGUUUUGCACCUCUUGAGGGGCAGAGAAUGGGCAGACCACGGAGGAAUGGCCUACAUGAGGGAAAUGUGUACUAUUAGAUCAACUGGUGUUGUUGGGUGGAAUGAAUGGAGCAUUGUUGGUCCUUGGAUAGCUCUAGCUCACGAAAUGGGUCACAAUUUUGGCUUUGACCACGACGACCUUAAGAAUUGUAAAUGUCUGACUCCACGUGGAUGCAUAAUGCGGACAUUUAAAACAAGAGUACCAGGGUUUUCUGAUUGCAACCUGAGAGAUCUUCAAAAGAUUGAUGAUAAAUGUUUGUACAACGUACCAGUCAAGAGCAUUAACCCUCAAUGUGGAAAUGGAAUCAAGGAGGUUGACGAAGAAUGUGACUGUGGCACAAAAGAGAAUUGUGCCAUUGUGGAUCCAUGCUGUAACCACAAGACUUGUAGACUUCAUUCUUCGUCUCAGUGUAGUAAUCAGCAUGACAAAUGUUGUAAGAACUGUCAGUACGCACCCACUGGAUCGAUAUGUCGAAAGGCUGAAGGACCGUGUGAUGUAGCCGAGGUUUGCACUGGACAAUCAGGCCAAUGUCCUCCAGACGAUCACCAAUCAGAUGGAACAGCCUGCCAUUUUAAUGAUUUAGAGCUGAUUGGAAACAAUAUUGACAACAGCAUCAAAAUAUCAAGACUUCCAAGUCGAAUAAAAGCCCGUUUUGUUAGAAUCAAUCCACAACACUGGCAAAAACAUAUCUGUAUGAGGACAGAGAUCUAUGGAUGUGAUAAAGUGCGUAAAGCUAGCAUUACAACACCAUUACGAUCCGACAACAAUUUGUUUGUUGACGCUGACAACGGUUUCUGUGAUGCAGACGACGUUUCCGAGCUCGUUUUUAAACCCUUAGAACAUGUCAGAAAUACAAACAUACUGUUUAAGUUGACCAAUGAAGGAAUCUUGAUACAUCAAUGCACUGGAAACAUGGUUUGCCCAAAAGAUAGUCUUGCUACAUAUGGAACAAAACUUGUGGUUGCAAAAAGCUGUACUAAGCAGUCAGCCAAAUUUCAAAGAGUAGGUAAAUCUUUAAAGCACGUUGAAAGCGGAUUCUGUGUUCAUCCUAACGGCGGCUUGGCUCAAGAUGGAACCUCUCUGGUAUUAUGGAAAGGAUGCAAAGGCAAAAACAUCGCAAUCACGUUUGUAAAACCAGAUUGCGAGAUAGCGCUUGGAAUGGAAAGCGGACGCAUACGAAAUGACCAAAUUAAAGCGACUACUUUCCGAAGAAACAAAGAGCCCGUCAAUGCCCGAUUGAAUGGAUUCAAUGCGUGGUGCGCAGGGCAAUCAGAUAAAAGACAAUAUUUACAGAUCGACCUUGGAAAGGUGAAGGUCAUUAGUGCUAUUGCUACUGAGGGCAUGUAUGACGGUACUCGCGUGACCGGAUAUAAGUUAUACUACAGUAAAAAUGGCCGGCAGUGGACGGCCUACGCCGGAAGAAGAAAAUUCCAGUCGAAGAACUCGUAUUGCUUCCGAGGGAAGUGUUCUGCGACACUCAAUAGUCAGUGUAGAGAUCUCUGGAAUCCAACUUCAUUUUCAGCCUCUAAAGCUUGUYAUGACAAAUUAAACACCGAGAACACAAGAUACGGCACUUGUCAUCCUGCGAGAAUCCAACCUUGCCUGCCACAAGACGCUGUGUGCGGACAACUGCAAUGUUUAGAUAAAACCAAGAAAAAUCCUACUAUAAGUUACGGAGUGUUUUACAAGAGAUGGUUUCUCGCUAGAAAGAAGACACGAUGCAGUUUGGUUGCAAGGAAUACGACGAGAGGUGAUAGUCUUGGUAUGGUGAAAAAUGGUACCAAAUGUGGUAACGAUAAGAUAUGCGUGAAUUACAAAUGUCGCCGCAUCUCGUCUCUGGCUACACGACCCUGUCCUCAAACCAAUGGAAUGGACUGUGCUGGAAAUGGAUUUUGUACGGCACAUGGUAAAUGUCAUUGUAAAGAUGGUUAUGACCCGCUAACAAAUUGUUCUACAGUGACAUCUAUUGUUAAUGGAGGAUGGAAUUCAUGGUCCACGUGGAGUAAGUGUAGUCGUGUUUGUGGCGGCGGGACYCAGAGAAGACACAGGUUUUGUAGCCAUCCUGUACCAAGCGUGACUGGAAGGAAAUGUCCUGGUGAAAGAAUUUACAGUCUUAAAAUACGAGGCAAAGACCUCAAAACGUAUUGCGACUUUACAACAGACGGGGGAGGUUGGACACUACUCGUUACGAGUUCCUCUCGAAAUGGAUGGACGAGAAAGACUGUACUUGAAAGAAAUGUGAAACGYCCAUCGUUGAACAGAGACUUUUCCAUUCUGGGCUUCAGUGAUGACAUCAUAGGACAACGACAUUUUCAGUACAAGAUUGAAGAUGACACCAGCAAAUGGGGAGGCGUAUUUGAAGCAAGACAAGGACAAAGCUUCUUAGAARGUUUGAGCAAUCAGACGCAAGUAAAAUUAUUGAAGAAAUAUGGCAACUGGGACGAYAAAUGCAAUCUAGGGCAGCGCCUUCCUUAUAUCAAAGAUUCCAGCCUUCUUUUGACGACUGCAGACCCCUCAGGGGAUGACUCAGGGACAAUAGUGUCUUCAACAGAUGAUGCGGUCUACUUACCAAAACAAAURGAACGGCCAUCUGGAUUGAGACUUUGGGUUAGAGAGGGGACCUGGAGAUCUUGUAAUCAAAUAAAACAGAACAUAAAGGACGUCCCCGGCGAACACAAGUCUUUGGAAGACGGACCUUACAUGAUAAAAAACACCUCGCACCAAUACAUCCCGGUCAUAUGUGACAUGAAAUCAGACAAAGGGGCUUGGACUCUGUUAGUGACAAGCGCCAAUAACGGAUGGCUUCCAAAUCAAGUCAAACACCGAAACACGAAUUUACCAUCUUUAACACAAGACUAUUCCAUCUUGGAGCUGGGCGAUCAGAUAAAAGACCUGAGUGGUGCAAACAGCUUURUGUAUAAGCUAGAGGCACAUGAGCAUGGACACUGGGGAGGAGUGUGGAAAGCACCCAAAUCAUACAGCUUCGUUGCCACGAACAACAGUCAAACAAAUGUUACUUUGGUGAAAAAAUACGACGACUGGCUAUACAACUGGGCCAGCUCCCUAGAAAAGAGAAUGCCGUGGUUAGGAAAGACGAAAGGACUGCUGACGACUUCUAGCCAUGAUAAUUAUAGUGAAUGGGGUACUAUCGUUACUGAUAUAUUAAAAAACAACCCUGCUCCAUGGAUAGACUUUCUCAUGGUCAACCCUGGAGUGAUCUGGUACUGGGUCAACGAAGACGAUUGCGGAUCCGACAGAAUCCCAGUUGAUGGAGGACUGUCAUCUUGGAGUGCUUGGAAUGGAUGCAGCCCAUUGUGUAACGCGAUAAAUGGAAUCCAAACACGAAGACGUUUAUGUUCUAAUCCAGCCCCUCGAUGUGGUGGCAGAUCAUGUGAUCCUGCUGACUUGGUUCCUGAGAAGAGACGAUGCAGUUACUGCCCGAAGAGUCCCAUUAAAGGACCUCGUAAGUUCUGUAUUCAGCCAAGUACCGCAAACUGCAKUCCCCCUGAAAACACCAGGCUAGUCUACAAAAAGAACACCAAUAACUGCGAYGAAGAUUACAUGAACUUUCUCUUCGACAACGAUGGAAUGCUCAUGCAUUUUUGCAGCAGGAAAUAUGUUUGUCCACAAGGUGGCCAAGCAGACUACGGCACUCCUUUAGUACUGAGCAGCUUCUGCAAUCAAAGUCAUGCCACGUUUGAGAUAACUAAAGUCAAAGGUUUGAGACACAAGCAGUCAGGUAAAUGUGUGCAUCCUAACAUGGGAAGCGUUGCUGAAGGCAUACAUCUCGUUACAUGGGAUGGAUGCGGGUCUUCUAGACUGAAGUUGGAUUUGUUCAAGCUACGGGAGGAUAAUGUUCAUUCAACACGUCCUUCACAAACUAUAGCACCAACUCCGCGUAGCGUGUCAGCAUCUAGAGACGUCAGCCCAAUAAGAUCACAUGGAGGUUUUUGCUUGCAGCCAAGUACAGCAGACUGCUCGCCUCCUGAAGGAACUGAAAUCAUCUACAGCGGCGCGGGAGGAAACAAUGUACAAUGCUCACAGAAUUACAUGUUGUUUACCUUGACGACAAAGGGUCGGCUAAAACACUCGUGUAGUGGGAUGUAUCUAUGUCCCGAUCCUGAUUACCUUGACAUCGGAGGUUCACUCUUUAAUGGGAUUCCUGUUGUGUUGAAGAAACAGUGCUAUGAUAGAAAUACAAAGUACACAAGGACAAGUGAUAAAUCACUGCGUCACAUUUCAUCAGGGUUCUGUGUUCACCCGGAGUCUAGUACCCCUACAUCUGGGACAAAAGCUGUCUUCUGGAAUCAAUGUGAUCUCAAUCGGUUGGAGCUCGAAUUCUAUGAGUUGCGCGAUUGAUUUGAUGGCCAAAUAUGCGUGUUGUUAGUUUGUAGAAUUUUUUGUUUGUUUGAUUGCAUGGUUUUUAUUUUUAUAAUUUCUGCAUUUUCACGGCUACACUUUCCGAGUUGCACGAUUGAUUCGAUAAUUGUCAUAUGUUUUUUAAUCGUCUCAUAAGAAUGGUUGUUGUGCGACAUAACACAGUAGUGGCUUUCCAUAAUAAUGGUUAUUGUAUGAGAUGCCGUAACACUGAAAUGGCUUCCCAUAAGAAUGGUUAUCGUACGCCAUGCCUUAACACUGAAAUGGCUUCCCAUAAGAAUGGUUAUCGUAUGCCAUGCCUUAACACUGAAAUGGCUUCCCGAUGGUUAACGUACGACAUUCCAUUCCAUAACAUUGACAUGGCUUCCAAACAUGGUUAUCGUAUGACAUGCCUAGUUAACCGACACUGAAAUGCCUUCCCAUAAGAAUGAUUAUCAUCAUUGUUUGAUUGCAUGACUAUUUUUCUUCAUAGAAUACCAAUAAACAAAAUAUACGAC